GCUGAGGGACCGGGGUACGCCACGUCGCUGGGGCCGCGGAGCCCUGUUGCUGUGGGUCCCUCCCCGCUCGGGGGGCCGGGGCGGGAGUAGAGGCCGCAGCCACCGAGGCCGGUGCCCGUGCGCGGGGGGCACAGACCGGCGGUGCGGGAAGGGGAGCGGGGAGGUGGGAGGCUUGCGGGCGGAACUUCUCCGUGGCGGCCCCUGUUGCGCACCGGAGCGGAGCGGAGUUCCGGCCCGUCGCCCUCAUUUCCCAGGAGUCCCCGCGGCGCGCCCUUCUCUUUCGGCGCGGCGGCAGCGGUGGUGCGACCAUGGCCAAGUCGAAGAACCACACCACGCACAACCAGUCCCGUAAGUGGCACAGAAAUGGCAUCAAGAAACCCAGAUCCCAUAGAUACGAAUCUCUCAAAGGGGUUGAUCCCAAGUUCCUGAGGAACAUGAGAUUUGCAAAGAAGCACAACAAAAAGGGGCUGAAGAAGAUGCAGGCCAACAAUGCCAAGCAGGCUGCUCAACAGAAAAAAGACUGACGUGGUUUAAGACAAAGAACCAGAUUUCCUAUUGGCAUGCGUGUUACAGCAUUUUUGUAAAAAAUAAAAUUGGAUGUAACAAAGUCUUCGCCUCCCAAACUUGAGGAGCACCCUCCAGAA